AUGUCACAGUCGACAGGGCAUCCUCUGCCAAGGGCACCAGGGAGCUUCUCUCCAAUUGUGCAACAACCGGCUUCAUCGACUCAAAGACCACCCCCACUGCGACGAGUUGAGUCCUCAUCGUCUGAAGAUUUACAACCACCUCCCUCCCUUUCCAGCAAAGUUCGUCCACAGUCCCAGAAUGCACCUGCCCCUCCACGACCAUUCUACGCCCAAUCAACCAAGAGCAACUCAAGCAGUACCAGUCUACAAAACUUCUCGCGACCAACCCUUGCCCAAGUACGAACUGAUAUCGGUGGUACACCAUUGAGGAAUGCGUCGCCUCUUACUACUGUAGCUUCAAAAUCUUCCAUUAGCGAUUUCAGAAUUCACGGACGCAAGCAUUCACAAACGCAAGGUUCUUUCGAAGCUUACUUGCCCACGGCUGCAACGUCCAAUUUAGGAAAUAUGUCAAAUCUAAACACGGGACUUUCUGCCAGUCACAUAGCUGCUCAAGCUGCUAUGCAACAUCAAUCACAACAUGCGCGCCAGCGGUCCCAAACUGUGCCAACUCCGCAAUUGGAUACCUCAUCGAAUAGCUCGGGAAGUCGAAGACCUUCCAAAGGUCCUAUUUCACCACCGCUGUUGAGCUUGACGGAAGCUUCAGCUCCAAGGGAUACUACGUUUGGUGGACAGGCAUAUCAUAAUGGAUUGCUUGGGGGAGGAUCGAGUGCUGCUCAAACAGCUGCAAAUAUAGUUUUCUCAAAAUCCCCUGGAUCAUCGCCGGCAUUGACACCUACGGAAUUUGAACAACGAAAUCUAGCUCAUGCUCAAGCACAAGCAAAAGCGCAAGCUCAAGUUCAAUUACAAGUGCAGGCGCAGGCGCAGGUACAGGCACAGGCACAGGCACAGGCACAAGCGGAAAAGCCGGCUAAGACAGAAAAGUCUAAAGUCAAAUUGUUUUCAAGGCCUGGAAAGAUUGGUAUAAGCAAGGAUAAAGAUGCAAAGUCUGGAGCUCUUCCAAGUCCUAACGCUUCAAGCUCUGCAAGUAUGUACAGCAUUGCGAAUUCUUCUUCGGCGACGAUACGACCAAUCGAUACAUCACAACCAGAGAAGGAAAAAGAUAAAGAGAAACAUAAGCAUCACUUUUUAUCUCGGCAGAAACACAAGUUGAGUAGCAAAGAAGAUCAUCAUCUACCAUUAUCAUCAGCGGCAUCAAAUUCCAAACCUGUAGACCCAAGUGCGCCAAGCAGUUUGUAUAACUUCAAUCUCCCACCAAGUCCAGGCCCUACAUCUACGAGUUUUGCGAAAAGCAUGAGUGGAUUGGACCUGAGGCAUGGCGGAAGAGCAUUGAGAGAAAAGAAAAAGGAAGAGAAAAGCGAAACUUUGAGGGAAGAUCAAUUAUCAUAUCAAAAUAGUAACGAAUGGCCUGGACCAUCUAGUCUUGGCUCAGCAGGCGCAUCAUCAUACUUGAGCUCCGCUGGGGUAGGCAACCCUAACUACCCUUCAAGUCUUUCUGGAGUCGAUACAUCGGAUUUGGGAAAAUAUGGUUUAAACAAUAUGGGAGCAGAUGAUGCAUGGCCAUUCUUGAGAGCAAAAUUACUAGUCAUAUUCGAGGGUGAAGAUUUGAGGUUGUGUGUGGAAGAUCUUAACCGUCUAGUCACAACUCAUCUUCAACGCUGUAUACAAAAGAGGUCUCCAAGUGUUAUUGUAGAAGACCUACGAGAUCUAAUCGAGACAGGCUUCAGAUCCCUUGAUCAAACUUUACGUCGAACACCUGAUGAUCGUCUCAUACCUCACCUCGUGGAAAUGUGGCUCUUUACUUUUACCUCCGUCUUACCCUACAUGCAAGCGGUCUUUCUCCCGCUCGAUCUCGAAUUUUCUGGCCAUGGCCCCCUCAUGUCACCAGAAGUAUCACGCGAAGCCUGGGGUGCUCUCCCUUCAUCUCACUCUAGUUCCACUUCCAGUAUCCCUACAGGUCAUACCCUUGAGGUGCGCAAAAUAGUACUCAUAGCAUACCGUGAUACUGUUAUCAUCCCUCGUUAUGAGACGCUAAAAGGGUUAUUUUCACGCCUCUCACUUGAUUCUAUAAGUUUGAGCAUUCCAAACUCAGACAUCAGAUCCAUUAGUCCUGACAGUCAAGGAAGACCAGGUACAGCUAUCAGUUUAGAUCCUAGUCAUGGAUCAUAUUCAUCUCAGAACACUACACUUCUCGGAGGUGAAAGUUCGGCUGGUGAUGGCUCGGGUUUACGCUCACGCGCAAUCUCAAACGUGAGUUAUGGAUCAGAACAAUCUGCAGGUGGAAGCGGCGGUCUAGGUAUUUCCGGGAUGCCACCGCCGCCAAGACCUUUUACGCCAAGUAGUACGCAUCCGGCAGUGGGAUAUGGAUUGAGUGAGCGCGAGAGGAGACAAGCAAAUGUAGAAGAUUACUCGAAGAAAUUGACGGAGACGGUGGGUAGAAUGUUGCAGUGCAUGAGUGUGUUGAGUAGUGUGGGUGUACGAGCUGGUGAUGAUUCCGCUCAAGAGAAAAUGGAAGAUUUGGGACGAGGACUCAAGUUGAAUUGGUUGGGGAGAGGGAGAACGGGUAGGAAUAGGAGGGGUAUGGUGGGUGGGAGAGUGGGACAACCACCGAGUGCGAAUUCGUUAUGA